AUGGGUUUUGAGACAGCCCCUAACAGUCCUCUCCUCUCCAACCCGACCCUCCGGUCUCUACCUACCCGACCAAAGAAAAAAGAAGGGGGCUUUGAAACUCGAAAAGUUCAAUGGAAAAAAAAAGGCAACAAUGACGAUGUUGUUUGUGUUACAGGUGGUGCAGGAUAUAUCGGGUCUUGUCUUGUAAAGAAGCUCUUAGAGAAAGGAUAUACUGUUCAUGCUACACUGAGGAACUUGGAUGACCCAAUUAAGGUAGGCCUUUUGAAGAGCCUACUAAAUGCAGACACUAGAUUAAAGUUGUUCAAGGCCGACAUUUAUAACCCCCACGAGUUUGAAUCAGCGAUCAGAGGAUGCAAGUUUGUUUUUCAUGUGGCUACGCCCUUCCAACACAUCGCCCACAGCUCUUCGUACAAACAUACCUCAGAAGCAGCCGUGGCUGGGGUGAAGGCCAUCAUGGAUUCCUGCGUAAGAUCAGGAACAGUGAGGCGUCUCAUCUACACUGCUUCUGUAAUGGCUGCAUCACCAUUGAAAGAGGAUAGUACCGGCUUCAAAUGCUGCAUCGAUGAGUCCUGCUGGACUCCUUCCAAUCUCUCAUUUGCAUAUUGCAACGACUUUACACUGGCAUAUACACAUUCCAAAACACUAGCAGAAAAGGAGGCAUUGAGCUAUAUUGACAAGAGCAGCGAUGGAUUGGAAGUUGUAACUCUUCCCUGCGGCCUGGUUGGAGGAGAAACACUUCUUUCUUACAUACCUGUGAGCGUUGGAGUACUCAUCUCACAACUCACAGGCAACUUGGAUGAAUUCAAUACCCUUUUAUUUUUACAUGAAUUGUUGGGUUCGGUUCCCAUAGUACACGUUGAUGAUGUCUGUGAAGCACACAUCUUCUGCAUCAAUGAACCCUCAAUCCAAGGUAGGUUUUUAUGUGCAACCGGCUGCCUUACAAUUGCAGAGAUGGCCAAUCUCUACCGGGAAAUCAAUCCCCAACUAAGUGUUCAAAGAGAAUUUAUGGAAGGACCGGAGAGAGGAGGUAUCAGGUUCGGUUCUACAAAACUGAUUGAUAUUGGAUUUGAGUAUAAAUAUGAUACAAGGAAGAUAUUAGAAGAGAGUCUGCAGUGCGGAAGGAGGAUGGGCAUUCUCAAUUAAUGAUUGUUUCUAUGUCCCAUGUUUCUGUCUCUUCUCUGUUACCAAGCGUUGAUUGGCGUUUGAUAGAGAUAUAAGACAGUUAGACAAAACGGAUGGUACUUAAUUAAUGCUUUACAUUUUUUUCAGUUA